UGUUUGUAAAGAUGCAAAAUGUUAUUCUCAAGGAGCUUGCAGAAAUAAAAGUUUUUUUAAAAGAAGUUAUAGAAAUUGAGUUUCAGGCUACUGGGGUGAAGUUGCUAGAAUCAGUGGACGAAGUGGUUACACUAGAUAACAAACUAAAAGAUAAAACUGAGUAUACUAAUUUGCUUGAUAGUUUGAAAAAGAUUGGUGGUAGAAAGCUAAGAGAACAUGUUUUUUUGAUCAUGAAAAGGUUAUUUUCGAAUCAGUUACAGUCCAAAUUAAAACGAAAAGGAAAUGGGGAAAAGAUAAACUUAGAAAAUCUAGUAAAUAUAUGGAGUGUUUUACGAGAUAUCGGCGACGUGGAAGAUGAUGUUGACGGCAAUGCAGAAAUAUAGUUUUUUAUGUAUAUUUUUGUGAA